GUGUGCUGGCUCCUGUGAGCCUUCUCCUGAUCCAUCCCCUCCUCCUAGGGCCACUCCUCGGGGACGUCCCCGAUGUCAUCCAGUGUCCAGUCGGGGACACCCAUCACCAACGACCUGUUCAGCCAGGCCCUCCAGCACGCCCUGCAGGCCUCAGGGCAGCCCAGCCUCCAGCAGAGCCAGUGGCAGCCCCAGCUGCAGCAGCUGCGCGACAUGGGAAUCCACGACGACGAGCUGAGCCUGCGGGCCCUGCAGGCCACAGGAGGGGACAUCCAGGCUGCCCUGGAGCUCAUCUUUGCUGGGGGAGCCCCCUAACUCUGCUGCUGCGCUGGUGAGUUGCGCUGAGGCGCCAGCUGGGCUCGUUCUGUGCGUGGGCAUGCUCCAAACCCUCUCUCCAACCUCCUCAGGACUCGGCACGGAGAAGGGAAGAGGUGGCUCGGUGCCGAGACGUGGCCCCUGCGGUCGUGCCAUGGCUUUGCUGUCCCCACGCUCUGCCUGUUGUGUCAUUCCCUGGAUUAAAGGGGCCCUGCUCAGUUCCCUGCCUGCUGUGUGCCUCGUGCUCCGUCCUGGGCUCGUGUUGCGGGUCCCAGCAGGGCAGGAAGGGGAAGCGUUGCUGGCCACAAAUCACACGUGGGACAGGACUGCUGGGAAACCCAUCUCGAGCUGCUGAUUUUCCACCAGCACUCUCACUGCAUGCCUCUGACAAUGGGAAGAUGCCAGCAGCUCACAUCCCCGGCAGCAGACCAAGAACUUAAUGUUACAGCUCACUUUAAAAGCUUUUUGUCCAAUCACACAAAGCAAAAGCAAAGUAGUUCUAUCCAACCACUAAUAAGCACAUGUACCUGUGGUUAAAACAAUGCUUGCUUAUUUCCAAUACAAUACCUUAUUACCUAUUGCUUAUUGCUUAUUACCAAUACAAUACAAUGCUUUUAAGCCUUAAGACACAAUGUGCAGAACCCCGUUAUUUAACUUAGAACUUCCUAAUAUCUCACUAGAUAUACUUUUCUGUAGCUUAGGGGGUUAUUACUAGCCAAGUGUUAAUACACAGACCAUUGUUCUAUUUGUCCUUACUUUUCUACUUAUAUAACUUUUCUGCUGAAGCAGGUAUUGUAUUGGAAAUCUUAUGGCUACCACUUAGCUCUAAUGGCAGUUCUGCUGUCUCUGAGGCCUGCCUUGUGCAGCUUUCCCAAAACCCUCUGCUUUUAAGGAUUCCCACAAGUGAAACUGCAGGAAAAGCUCUGCUUGGGUUGGAGCUGGUGCUUUUAGCAGAGGGCACGGCCAACCACGAGGUGACAAGUGACAAAAAAAUGACAAUGGCAAGCUGGAGAAAUGCCCCUGACACAGCCGGGUGUGCCGCGGCUGCAAAGCCAAUUAACAGCGUUUGCCUGUAAUUGCAAUCAGGAGGGGCUGGAGCUGGGCCCGGCAGCGCUGGGAUUGCGCGCCGGGGUUAACGAGGCGUGCAAACGGCAGCGGGUUCUUGGGGCAGAGAGAACCUCCCGUGCUGCCCUCGGUGAAAAACGCCAGGCACUUGGCUUUUAAAAUUUUAAAAGUUUAAUAAUAAUAAAAUGGUUAUAACACA